AUGAAUAUACUUAUCAAGACAAGCAAAGGCGAUUUACAUACCAUUGCCAUGGAUAGUAAGGAUGAUACUGUUAGUCUCUUAAAAGACAAACUGUGUGAUAAGAUUUCUGCUUCAAAGGACAAAAUUCGACUCAUCUUCACUGGUAAACUACUUAAAGACGAGAGUACCUUAGCUAGCUACAACUUAGAAGACGGCUCUACUAUUCAUCUAGUCAUGCCCAGUGGUGAAAAGAAGGCCGCUUCACCCCCAACUAAUUCUGCCCCUGCCCCUAACACGUCCUCUACCCAAUCUAUCCCUACUCAAUCUAUCCCUACUCAACCUAACUCCACUCAACCUAACUCCGCCCAACCCUUUCCUAACCUGAACCAACUCGACCCAAACUUGCUAAGAGAGCUUUCCAUGGGUGGUGGAGCCCCUUCUGAAGAGAUGAAGAGCACGAUUAAUGCCCGCAUUAAGGAACUAUUGAAGAAUCCAGAACAAAUGAAGUCUCUUAUGGAAGCUUCUUUGUCCAUGCAGAACAUUCCUGAAGCCACCAAGAAAUCCUUAAUGGAUAACAUCAGCCGCUUUACUGAAAUGGCCAAAUCAGAUCCCGAGCAUUUCAAUACUAUUAUGAAUUACGUCAUCAAUAAUUCAGCAGAUAUGCCAAAUCUUCGUGAUCCUUUCAUGUUCGGUAUGCCCCCUAAUGCUAACUCAGCUACUCAGCCUAAUCCUUCCUCCAUUAGUUCUAACUCCUCCCUAGGCAACUCCACUGCCCCUACGGCCAACUCAGCCGCCAACCCAACUCCCCAGUCAGUGAUGUACACUAUGCCUUUUGAUCGGGAUGAAGCCAGACAAAAGUACUCGGAGAAGCUCAUGGAACUCGAAAGCAUUGGAUACACCGAUAGCGAAAUGAAUCUUAUCGCACUAGUAUAUUCCGAUGGGGAUCUUACCAAAGCCCUCAACCUAAUUCUGGACUGGUCCGGCGAACAGCACUGA